AUGGACAAUAUUACAGAUACCAUAGCAGCUCCCUCGUUGGAGAAUAUCACCUUUGCGUUUAGCAACUUGUCCUAUAUCGAUCAGCUUGCUUACAUCAUUCCCCACAAGAUAUAUUUGAAGGACUCGCCAAUCAUUCCUGAAGUGAUCAAUGGAGCUCUAAUUUUGCUUGUUAGUAUAGCGAUCGUAAUAGUAGGAUCGUAUUCUACAGUAUCACGACCUUCGAACAGCGAAGACCCUCGUUUGGACAGAAAAUCUCCGUACUGGGAUCCAUCGGAUGUGGAUAACACCGAACACUUUGUAGCCAACAAAAUGCAAUUGUACACAUUGGGAGGCCAGAACUUGGGUUUAGUACAUGUAUUGCUUAUGCCUCUAUCCACAGCAGGAACGCUAUACUUCUUGAACUAUGUCAUGAACAACUGGAAUAUCGACGAUAUCAACUUGUGGUUGAACAGAUACAUUUUAGCAGUGCUGUUGUUCUCCAUAUACGGUAGUUUGGAAUACGUUCUUGUUGCUUCUUCAAGAAAAUUGUCCAAGCUUCUUGGUGGACCCCUUAGCAAUUCUAGCAAUCUUUUCUGCAGAUACCGUUUGACAUUGACUGCCGACAAGGACGACAACUUUCCAUUGGGCAGAUUGGAGAACUUUGAUGAAGACGAAUUCGUAGAGAAGGAAUUGAAGAAAGAUCCAAAAUGGAAUGAAGCCUUUCAAAAGUAUUUGAGCGAGGAGAAGAUCGAAAUUUUGCGUCCUACUUCAGUGAGAAUAAUUCCUAAAGUAACUGAAAAUACCAAUUGGAUCUUUGACUUGAAACCAGCAGUAAUCCUUCCUUUAACAAUUGGCCUAAUUUACCUGUUCUACAAAUACAACCCAAUAUUGAAUUCUGAAUAUAACAUGAAUGAUAUCAACUGGUUAGUUCUUGAUUCCAUGGCUAUUAAUUUUGCAAUAUUUGGUAUUCAAAAGAUCAAAUUUGGUCAAUUCAAGUAUGGGUUCCUUUUGUUGUCUGGUCUUUUCUUCUAUGACAUUUACUUUGUCUUUGGAACAGAGAUAAUGGAAAAGGUUGCCACAGGAUUGAAUAUACCAAUGAAGAUAUUGCUUCCUCAUCCAGGUAGCAGCUGGGGCGAGCCAUUGAAGUUCAGUUUGCUUGGAUUGGGAGAUAUCAUUGUCCCAGGUACGGUUGCCUCUUUAUCGUUAAGAUUUGACGUCUACCGUCACCACCAGAAGAAUCCAUCUACAGCAUUCCACUACUUGACUCCAAUCGCAAAGCCUUAUUUUACUGCAGCAAUUGUCUCUUAUUUCAUUGGUCUUGCAGCUACGCUUGUUAUGCUCAAUAUUUUCCGCGUAGGCCAGCCAGCUUUGCUAUAUAUAGUUCCUUCUCUUUUGGGAGGAAUAACAAUCACUGGUCUUGCAAGAAGAGAAUUCACUGAAUUAUGGGAAUUUAAAGACGAGAUCAAGCAGUUUGACGAGAAGGACUUCGAAAAUGAAAAUGAAAACUACAUAGAAGAGGAGGAUGAAGAUUACAUUUUGAACGAAGACGAAGCCUCAUUUGAUGACUGGGUUGACCAAGUUGAAUUGGAGAGGGCCGGAUCAGAAGAUGAAACUGAUUUGGAUGAAUUCAGAAAGUUUGCACCCAAAAGAUACACAGCAGAAGAUUUCGGCCCGGACGAUGAAGAGGAAGACGACGAUACAUUUGUGAUUGGAGAAGGCAGCGACGACGAACUUGACGACGAUGACGAUAUCGAAGAAGAAGAAGUCGAAUACGAGGAAGAUGACGACGAAGCUGUAAUCGAGGUUCUCGAGGAAUUGCAAGUUAUUAGAGAGGAUUUGAACAGACAGCCACAAAGAUGGUACAGUGACGAAGAGUAA